UCAUGUCCCGAGUGGGCGUGGCCUCGUGUCUGAGGGGGCGGGGCGUGCUUGGCGCGCACGCGCGCGGCCCCGCCCCCGGCGGCCGCCAUGCCCCGCGAGCUGCCCGCCGCCCAGCCGGACCCGGAGGAGGACUGCGGCCGCGUUGCAGGGCCAGCGCUGCCUCCGGACUACAGAAGCAGCAGCAGCUCAGAAAGUCCUGGCAGUGAUGACGACUCCGAAUCUCUUCCUCUACCCAGAGACGCACACGGAGAUUCUGAAGAGGAGCCAGAAGGAGCUUCAGCGCCCAAAAAGCCAAAAAGAAUGGAGGAAAAUGAUGAUGAUGAUGGCUUUUUUGGGCCUGCUCUUCCUCCCGGAUUUAAAAAAGAGGAUGAUUCUCCAGAGAGGCCCAUUAUAGGUCCUGCAUUACCGCCUGGCUUUAGGAAGUCUUCAGAGGACCCCGGGAAUAACAGAUGUUCCCUUGGACCAUCAGCUUCCUCCAAAUUCUGCAACGAGGUAUCAAGUAGCAGCGAGGAAGAAGACAACAUCAUAGGCCCAAUGCCUGCCAAAGGACCAGUGGAGUCCGAUGUGACUAAAGAAUUUGAACGCAGAGCUCAGAGAAUGAAGGAAAAACUUACUUCAGCAGACAGUGAUGAACCCAAGCAGCUUACCAGAGAAUCAUGGAUGACAGAACUUCCACCUGAACUGAAAAACUUUGGAUUUGGCCCAAGAACAUUCAAGAGAAAAGCUGAUGACAAAUCAGGUGAUAGAUCUGUGUGGACAGAUACUCCAGCUGACAGAGAGAGAAAAGCCAAGGAAAGAGAAGAGACAAAAAAGUCAACCAGCAAGAAUAACGAAGUUGUGUUAUCUGGGAGAGAUAAGAGACUUGCUGAGCAGGUGACUUCCUACAAUGAGUCCAAGAGAUCAGAAUCUCUCCUGGACAUGCAUCAGAAAAAAAUGAAGAGCAAAGCAUCUGAAGAAAAGGCCAAACCUCAGGAGAGAAGGCCGUUUGACCGAGAGCAGGAUCUCAAAGUCAAUCGAUUUGAUGAAGCGCAAAAAAAGGCCCUUAUAAGAAAAUCCCGGGAUCUGAAUAGUAAAUUUGAGCACAGUAAAGGCAAUAUGUUUUUAUAAGAUAAAAGCGUGAAGCUUUUUGGUAGUCAGUUAAAAUCUGAAUGCUUAAUUUUUUAAGUAUUUUUCUGUAAAUAUUUGUACGCAGAAUAAAUAUCCUGAUGUUUAACUAGUAUUACUUGUCUGUAAAUACUCUACUAUGGAGGACCAUCUGUACUAAAGCUAAGCUGAUAAAGGAAAGUGCUGUUUUUUAAAAGAAAAAAAAAACUUUGGAAGAAAGAGAAAUAAUGUGAACUUGCUAGAUUUUUUUUUAGCAUAAAAAAGAAUUAAGUUGUACACACACCAAAUCAUUUCUGUAUUGUAGCAGGAAGACGUAGUAGGAGAAGCAAGAAAGCCUCACAACUUGCAGAUUUUGUUAUAAAAUUCUGGUAUAGAUGAAGAGAAACUUGAAUUUCUAUUUGCAGGGCCUAUCAUCAGAAAAUCCAACUCUUAAGCAGAUACUAUGUGAAAAUUGAACCAAACUAAAGCUUAUUUUGUCAGCUGCUUUGCAGAGCAGAACGGCUCUUUGGUAUCGAAAAGGAAAUAAAUUUGGUAUUUUAAAAA